CUCUGCUAGCAUUUUUCAUUUGUUUCAUAAGUAUGGGUUUGGCUCCUAUUUGUAUCGACAAAACCUGGUGGGUCUCAACGUUCCCAGCUAUUGUAAAAGCAAAUAACUUAGUAGAUGGUUUCCUUUUGUUUAGCAUUUUCAUGGCAGUUUUAUUGGGUGGGUUUUUAACUUGGGCUUUAUCCCCUGGGGGUUUAGCCUGGAAAAAUGGCAGAAACCGAUUAGGUGGGGUCCCAGUCCCUGGUCCCAGAGGGUUCCCUUUCUUUGGCAGUUUAUUCAGCCUAACCCACGGUUUGGCUCAUCGAACCCUUGCUUGCAUGGCUUCAAAACAAGCCGCUACCAAUCUCAUGGCUUUUAGCCUUGGAUCAACUCCUGCUGUUAUAACAUCCGAUCCCCAAAUUGCUCGUGAAAUCUUGACCUCUCCUCAUUUUGCUAACCGUCCGAUCAAAGCAACAGCUAAGAAGCUAAUGUUUAGCCGGGCCAUUGGCUUUGCUCCCGAUGGUACUUACUGGCGGCUUCUAAGGAGGAUUUCAUCCACUCACCUCUUUGCUCCAAAGCGCAUUGCAGCCCAUGAAAAGAGUCGCCAACUAGACUGUGGCUCCCUGUUAUGUGCCAUUGCUAAAGAACAGUCCUCCAAUGGAAUUGUUGUUUUACGCAAACACCUUCAAGCAGCAGCUCUUAACAAUAUAAUGGUAACAGUAUUCGGUAAAAGAUAUGACCUCUGCCAAGGUGAUGACGACGAAGCUAAAGAGUUGCAAGAGAUUGUAAGAGAAGGGUUUGAGAUAUUGGGAGCUUUUAACUGGUCGGAUUAUCUACCUUGGCUGAGCUACUUUUAUGACCCUUUUCGAAUCAAUGAACGCUGUUCAGUUCUUGUCCCCCGAGUGAAAAAACUAGUGAACCAAAUCAUCGAACAACAUCGUUUGAAUCAAUCAUCAAAGGUUGCUGAUAGUUCAGAUUUCGUUUCUGUGUUGUUAUCUUUAGAUGGCGACGAUAAACUCAAUGAGGAAGACAUGGAAGCAGUCUUGUGGGAAAUGAUCUUUCGGGGAACGGAUACAACUGCGCUUUUAACUGAGUGGAUCAUGGCCGAGUUGGUAUUGAACCCUGAGAUUCAAUCCAAGCUUCACCAGGAGCUUGUUGUUGCAGUGGGAGACAAGAGCGUGACAGAUGCUGAUGUGGCUAACUUACCCUACCUUCAAGCAGUAGUCAAAGAAACCCUCAGGUUGCAUCCACCUGGGCCGCUCCUUUCAUGGGCAAGGAUAUCCACGUCAGAUGUCCAACUCAGUAAUGGCAUGGUGGUCCCAUCAGACACUACAGCCAUGGUCAACAUGUGGGCCAUAACCCAUGACCCAAAUGUGUGGGAGGAUCCACUUGUUUUCAGGCCAGAGAGGUUUGUUAAGUGUCUAGGUGGAGCUGAGGUGGAUGUGAGGGGUGGUGAUCUUAGGCUUGCACCGUUUGGGGCAGGACGAAGGGUCUGCCCUGGCAAGAACUUGGGGCUGGUCACAGUGGGCCUUUGGGUGGCUAAGUUGGUUCAACACUUCAAAUGGGUUCAAGAUCUGGCUAACCCAGUCGAGCUAACCGAGCUGCUUAAGCUGUCCUGUGAGAUGAAGAAUCCUCUGCGCGCCAUGGCUAUUCCAAGAAACAGUAUUCUACGACGGUCAGGAGACUGGUAAAAGAAUAAAUAAAAGCCAAGGGAUAUAAU